UUGUGUUUUUAUUUUUGGCUUCAAACUCCGAGCAAACCACCGACAGUUCUUCGAUUUCAUAAGUCAUUUUUUUCAGUUUGACAAGUCUAGGUGUACGGCAAGAUUUUAUGUAACCUCUCCAACACACUCCCUGAGGCAAACUCAAAAGCUAUGCAGCUGUGGGAAAUGGAAUCAGAAUGAGCUAUGACUUCAAACUUUUUCAUUGACCCAUAGCCUGUCAGAAAAUCAGCUACUUCACUAUCAGUUUCUGUGUUCGUCACAUAUUUAAUCAGCACUGCAUUAGGGAUUUUAAACCCCUGUUUCUCCAAUACAUUCAUGGUAGCAACAAAAUAGAAAACGGCAAUACUUCAGCUCUGUACAAACUCCUCCUGGUUAGCUCGCCAAGAUUUAUGUAGCAUAUCUGUAUGUGAUAAUACAGUUAUGUAUCAUACAUAUAGAUUAUCAACAGUACUAGUAUACUGUUAAUAACAGCAUAAUAAUACUGUUAUUAUCAUAGUAAUAACAGUAUUGUUAUCUUAAUACAGUUAAGAUAAUAGUAUCUUAAUACUGUUAACAACAUCUUACUGUAAAUCUUAACUAAGAUAACAGUAUCUUCAUAUUGUUAAGAUACUGUUAUCUUAAUACUAGAUAACAGUAUUACGUGUGUUUAAAGUUAUAAUGUCAAAAUUGGUACAAGCAUGCUGUUAGUGUACUUCAUUUAUAUACCACACUUAAUACUUAGUAUACUUAAAAUGUACUUACACAAAUGUAAGUAUGUUUGAAAUAUACUAAAGUAUCUAUAUUUUUUCUAGGGUCUGAAUGUAAACCUGGCGCCAGAAAAGCGUUUGGUGUGAAAGCACCAUAUAACAUCUGGCCAUCUUUUUUUUUUUUUAAACUUUAUUUAUUAUAAUAAACAACAAUACAAUUGUACUGUGAACAAAACUCAGGAAGAUAACAUCUGGCCACCUUGACGACCGAACGUCUGGUCGCCUGAGAUCAUAAAAUAUGUGACGUCAGCGGAUAGUCUCCGCCCAGUUGUUUUUGUUCCGCCGAGAGAUCCCAGCCACCUGUUUUAAACCAAAUAGUGCUGUGAUAAAGGAUGUAAGCUACUUUUUGUUUUGUUUUUUUUAAAAUCAGACACGUUAAUGUAGCUGAACUCGGUUUCACCUCAGAAACCGCGUUCAGCUGAGAGUGAGAGCUCAGAGCGGAAGUCAUGUUAGCUCCAGCUGAUUUUCUCUGGGGAUGUGUGACCAAAGAUGGAUCUCCGUGAAGUAGAACCCACACUGGAAGCCUACGUGGACUAGGAUGCCCUCUACUCCCGUGGUAGUGGACGCUGCCGUUGUGUUGCUAGGGGCGACUGUUACUACCAUCACACACCCGCUCCUAUACGUUAAACUGCUGAUUCAGGUAGCUGGGCCGACCGACCGAAUAUAUAGAGAUGAGACAUUUGAGGUGGGACACGAACCUCUUCCUCCAGCUGUUGGGUCAACAAUGCUUGGAAGACCAGUUCUAUACCUGCCUGGUUUCUUCAGCUACGCUCAGUAUGUUCUCAGAGUGGAUGGAAAGCUGGGACUCUUUCGGGGCCUCUCACCUCGUAUAGCAUCCAGCACCAUCUCUACCUUGGUGAGGGGCAAAAUUGAAUGGAGGGUGCUUCAGUCCAAAAAAGAUGAGCACCAGAAUUCCUUUAGGAAAUUGGUCCAAGAGACAUCACAUGAUAUGAUCUUUCGGUGCCUGUCCAGAGUGGCCACCCAUCCUUUUCAUGACUACGCGCCCUGUUAUCAGUCCGAUAAAAGCCAAGUCAUGUCAGUGCGCUGCAUGGCCCAGUUCGUUGGCAGAGAGACCAAGUACAGUGGUGUAUUCAGUUGUAUCAUGACGAUAUUUAAGGAGGAAGGAUUGUCUGGAUUUUAUACCGGUUUUGUUCCACAUGUGCUGGGAGAAGUCCUUUUCCUGUGGUGCUGUAACCUGCUGGCCUACCUUAUCAACACCUAUGCUGUAGACCACAGCGUACGUAUGCCAGCUGUUUGUAUCCAAGCUGUGAUGCUGUUUGAUCAGAACACGCAUUAAUAUUGAGGCCCGAUGGUUUGGAGAGGAGUGUGAAAAGAUUUGCGAUGAUCAGAUCAAACCAGUCUGGCCAUUGUCCUCUGACCUCUGGCAUCAACAGGCAUUGUGCCCACAGAACUGCUGCUCACUGGAUAUUUUCUCUUUUUCGAACCAUUCUCUGUAAGAUGGUUGUGUGUGAAAAUCCCAGUAGAUCGGCAGUUUCUGAAAUACUCAGACCAGCCCGUCUGGCACCAACAAACAUGCCACAUUCAAAGUCACUUAAAUCACCUUUCUUCCUCAUGUUGAUGCUCGGUUUGAACUGCAGCAGAUUGUCUUGGCCACGUCUACAUGCUUAAAUGGAUUGAGUUGCUGCCAUGUGAUUGGCUGAUUCGACAUUUAUGUUAAUGAGGAGUUGGGCAGGUGUACCUAAUAAAGUGGCCGGUGAGUGUAUUCACAGCUUUCGAAGCUGUUUUACCUCCAGCUUUAAGACCGUCUUCCACAGGCUCUUAGCACUUGUGUUAAAGGUCACCUGAAGGAUCAUGAACUCUGAACUCUCGACCUGUUUGUAUCAGUUCAGUCUGUUAAUUAUUGUCUCAUUCUUCUUGCUAGAUCACAUCGUUGGUUUCGAUGUUUCUGUUCCGUUUAUUUUAGUAUUGCACCAUCAAAGCUGUCUGGGACUCCACAUGAAAUUUGUACUAUUAGUUAAAUGGAAAAGUUUAACAUUUUCAUCAGUGUGCAUUGUUUAACUCCUGUUCUUG